AGGCGGAGGCGGCCCAGCCCCGCGUCGCUCCCCCGCCGCUGUGCCCGGGGCUGCUUCUCCUCCCCCCGGGCCGCAGCACACCGAGGGCCCGGUCUGGGAGCUUUGAUGGAGAGGGGCGGUCGGCAGCUACGAUGAAAACCAGCCCCCGCCGGCCCCUGAUCCUCAAGAGACGGAGGCUGCCUCUCCCACCACGCCAUGGCCCCGCUGCCGUGGUCAAGACGGAGCCCGCCCCGCCCGCCACCCGCCCCGAGCCGGGCCUGGACCCCGUGCCCCCGGAGAGGGCGGCGGUGCCCCAGGAGGGAGCGGCGGCCCGGGAAGGGGCAGCGCCCGGGCCCCUGCAGUUCCCCGCCGGGAUCCGCGUCAUCGAUCACCCCACCAUGGCCGACACGCAGGUGGUGGCCAUCCCCGCCGAUGCCGACGUCCAGAGUGUCAUCGCCGCACUGACUGCCAGGGGCAGGGGCAGCGGCGGCCCCAGCCGCUUCAUCCUGGUCAGCAGCGGGGGCCCCCCUGCCCACCCGGCCCCACCGGGGGGAGAGGGGGCUGGGCAGUCGGGCGUGGGGAGCCUGGCCCAGCAGCCUGAUGCCAGCUGGGGGCCAGGACUGGAGCAGGCAGGCGGCGCUGGAGGUGAGGCCGCGGGCGGUGGGCUGGACAAGAGCCUGACCAACAUCCAGUGGCUGGGGAAGAUGAGAUCCAGUGGGCUGAGGCCCGGCCGUGACAUCAAGCAGGAGCCGCAGGAACCGGAGGAGAAGGAGAACCGGCAGCUGGAGCAGAGCCGGGGCCAGGUGGAGGAGGGAGCGGGGGCAUCCCCGUGGCCGAGCGCGGUGUGCGAGCGGCCCCCAUACUCCUACAUGGCCAUGAUCCAGUUCGCCAUCAACAGCACGGAGCGAAAGCGCAUGACCCUGAAGGACAUUUACACCUGGAUCGAGGAUCACUUUCCCUACUUCAAGCACAUCGCCAAGCCCGGCUGGAAGAACUCCAUCCGCCACAACCUCUCCCUCCAUGACAUGUUUGUGCGGGAGACACCGGCCACUGGCAAAGUCUCCUUCUGGACCAUCCACCCCAAGGCCAAUCGGUACCUGACGCUGGACCAGGUGUUUAAGCCACUGGACCUGGGGUCUCCACCAUUGCCCGAGCACUCGGACUCACAGCAGAAACGGCCCCUCCCCCAGCUACAGAGACCCCUGGGCGUCAAGGUGGAGCCCCCGCUGAGCUCCCGCCGGAAAAUGAAGCCGCUGCUCCCCCGUGUCAACUCCUACCUGGUCCCCAUCCAGUUUCCGGUGAGCCAGUCCGUGAUGAGCCCGUCCGUGGUGAGCCCAUCCGUGGUGCUGCAGCCUUCGGUCAAGGUGCCGCUGUCCCUGGAACCCGGGCUGGUUGGCCCCGACCUACCCCGGCACAGCAAGCAGGUGCACAUCGCCCCCAAGGUGCCGCUGGUGGCGGCGGGACCCUCGGCCGUUCCCGCUGCCGGCUCGUGGAAGGAGGAGCUUUCCCAGCCUGCUUCCGGCCUGCCCACCCCCAGCGAAGGCGGGGAGGGGGACGAGCAGCCCCCUCGCCCCAUCAAGGAGGAGAGCCCGCCCCUGGCCCCCUGGAUUUCCACUUGCCUGUCCCCGCCCCUGCCCUGGCAGGAGCCGGGCCCCGGCCCCCAGCUCCCCCCGGCCCCCAGGCCGCCGUCCCCGCCGUCCCCUCCCCGCGGUGCCUCGGACCUGCUGCUGCGCCGGCGUGAGCGCAGGGAGAGGACCCGGUCCCGGCGCAAGCAGCACUUGCUCCCGCAGCCGCCGCCAACGCAGCGGCCACGCAGCCCAGACUCGCGCCUCCCGUUCCCCGACGCUGCCCCCGCCAUCCCGGCCUCGCCCGACUCCCCAGCCUCGGCGGCUGGGCGGCCCCGGGACCAGGCAGGCCCUUUUCAGACGCCUGUCAAGGGCUCCCACUGCCCACUGCCCAUCUCCUCCACCCCCAGCAAGGUCUUCCUGCCCCAGAUCCCUGACCCCUGGGGGCUGAGCCCCCCGAGCGGCGGGGGCACGGGGCUGCCUUUCAGCCCAGUGCGCCCACCCCUGGGCUCCUGCCCCCCUGACUCCACGAGCCUUCUUGAUCUGUGUCCCACCCACACCCUGGGCCCGCCCCCGUCGCUGCCUAGCUCCGAGCUCUUGCCCUCCAGCCCCUAUCCCGGUUCUCCCGCCUCAGCCCCCCGGAUUCUGGCCCCAGGCUCCUUGCUGGAGCCACUGGUCCCCCCGGGGCUGACUGAGAGCCUGAUCCUGGACACCAUGAACAACAGCCUCAGCAAAAUUCUGCUGGACCUGAGCUUCCCUGGGCUGGAGGAGGAGGAGCUGGGGCCCCCCACCAACCUGAGCUGGUCCCAGCUCUUCUCGGAGCUGCGGUAGAGCAUGCGCUCCCCCCACUCAGCCAUGGACCCCGGGAGUUGCAGGCCAUGCACACGCGUGUACAAACACUCACAAGACACUUCCCUGUCCCCCCCCGACGCACCCGCUGCCUCGCUGGGAGCCGGACUCUAACCAGCUUAGCACCGGGAGCGAAUGGGGUGUCCCGCCCCACCCCAGCCAGGGCCUGAGGUGGGGAGCUGCUCCUGUCUUCCCUCGGUUCCCCAUACCCCACCCAUCCUCCUGGCUGUGGCUCCCACAGGGGAUGGCAGCAACAGCAUCCACCUGGCAGAGCAACCAGCUGCUCUGAUUCUAAAUUGCACUCUGUCCCUGCACGGGCCCUCACCAGCUUGUGUUGCCCAGGAUUGUUUUAGGGUUCAACUCGGGCCUCCCCUCCACCCGGAACAAAUCGGUGGAUCAGCAGGUCCAAGAGGGGGAUCCUAAGGCUUAGCUCCUUGUAGCGAGGGGCCGACAGCCACGGUCAGGCUGGUUCGGGCCCGGUCCACCUACCACCGACCCCGUCCUCUUUCACUACUGUAACUACCUUCUCAAUAAAGGCUGGGGU